UUUGAUUCCGGUUUACCCCGCUCAUCACGUGUGGCGAUCGACAGACCUGCCUAUCUGAGCACUACACUUGGAUUUCUUGCCUCCGUUGACCCAAUUUAGUAUUGGAUGACAGUAUACAAGGAGGCUGACAUGCCUGGAUCAAACGCAGCGUACCUACUCCAUCUCUUCUUCUCUUACCCUACAUCACGAAAACUCCCUCUCUACUUUCCCUUCCCUUUUUCAAUUCGCUAUGAUACUCGAUCGUACGCAUGCUAUCCUACAUCACAGUAUGCUAGGAACUACUUUCAAAGGCAUCGAUCAUCCAAUAUCCACCCCGGAUGUACCCAUACACCAAUUCCGCGGAAUCAAAUACGCCACUGUACCAGCCCGUUUCCGUCAAUCGAAACUUGUCACUUCAUACCCCCACUUAGUUGACGCAACCCGCCACGGUCCAAUAUGCCCACAGCCUGUCGGGAAAAGUCUUGAAGAAGAGCUCAUUGGUCUUGCCGACUGUGAUAUCCCAAGACAAGUCUUUAAACAGGACGAGUUUGACUGUCUCAAUCUGAACAUCACCUGUCCUGCUGGUCAUGACCGUGGGUCACAAAUUCCGGUUAUGGUUUGGAUCCAUGGCGGAAGUAACCGUGGUUGUGGCUCAAGUUGGAUCUACGAUGGCGGCGCUCUUGUUAGAAAGAGCGUUUGUAUUGGUUUACCGGUCAUAAUGGUCACAAUCAACUUUCGCAUAGGAGUAUUUGGUGUUGCCGCCAACAUGCAGUUGGUAGAAGAUAACCGAGCAGCAGGUGACGAAGGUGUGGGCAACUAUGGCUUGCACGACCAACGUCAUGCUCUGGAAUGGGUGAACCGUUUUAUCGCAGAUUUUGGAGGAGAUCCAUCCAAUGUCACCCUAUUCGGACAUUCUUCGGGAGCAGCAGACAUCGUCUCACACCUGUACUCCAAUGCCAACUUGACUUGCCCCCUAUUUGCUCGGGCAAUCGUUCAAAGCGCAAUCAUCGAACACAAUCCUCCAGAACCACAUUCAGCUGGAUGGCAAAUGUCUAGAGCAUUGGCUCCACUCCAUGCCUCUUCCGUCGCACAACUUCGUGGUAUAAGUCCUGAGGCACUUAUUAACGUCAAUCUCCCCUUCCGCGCGGUCGAUGACGGGGUAUUCUUCAGAAAAGGAUUCAAAGAUUUCUGUUCUCACACUCGGGGUCGGAAGAACCUACCAAAAGUCAUCUUGACAAAGCCUGUCGUUUCCUCUACAUCCAUCCCUGAUCUCCAGCCUCUCCUUAUCGGUGACUGCGCAUGCGACUCUUCUCUUUGGUCUCAGCCUGCGCGUCACUGGGCCGCCCCUGCUGUCGUGCGACGAAUUCGUGCGAUAUGCCAAUCUAUCACAAAAUCUUCUGCUCUUCUCAAUGCUUAUGAGAUAGGCUCGCACAUUUUCACGGAAGAUCUUGCCGAACGUUUACUUGAGAUCGUGGAGGAUGCACGCAUAGCGUGGCCCACGGAAUGUGUUGCUCAAGCUGCGCAGAACACUGGUCGACAGGUCUGGCGGUAUAUAUUUGAUCAGGAGGGUCCCACACAAGGGAUGCCCCACCAUGCAGCAGAUUUAGUAUACUUAUUUGACAACGUCCCACUCCCAUUAUCACCUUCGUCCUCACCUACUGCUUUCGACGAUGACGAGUCGCUUCCAUCACUCCCAUCGUCAAGAUCGACUGCUGCUGACAUGGGCGAGAUUCCCGAUAAAACGUGCACCAUGGACAAGCUCGAUCUCAUGGAUAUCGACAAGCUCUCUUUCGGCUCAGAGUCGAGUUUCGGCGGGUGGGCGCAACCCGUUGUUGAUGAGUUGAUGUAUGCCCGCGUGCGAGAUGCGAUACAGGAACGGUGGAUCACAUUCGCGCACGGAGAGCGGCCAUGGGAUAAUUCUCAUGGCAAGGUGUACGUUUUUGGCCCUGAGGGCGAAACGGGCGAGCGAAGUUCGGGUAUUUUUGGAGGCAGGCGGCGUCAAAAAAUAUGGGAGGAAGUGCUGAAGCCUUUAGGCAUGACGCUUGUGCAGAAGGUCGCACAAGAGCUCAGCAAUGGGCCUGGGCUGCCGCGGUAA